UUUCUUGCCUCUGCAAACUUUGCAAACAAUUUAUUGCAAUAAUUUGUAUUAAGCGUAAUUCUAAGGAUUCAUUUAAUCAAACAGAGGUAUUUUUUACAUGCCUUGACGAAGAAUGGGAAGAACAAAACAGACUAAAAGAACAGGCAAGCGGAGCAAACAACGUAGACGCAAUGAUCACCAACCAUGGGAGGAAAUCACUAAGGAGAAUGCUAUGUUUGAGAAAUAUUACAAGGCUCAGAACAUUAUCCCAGAGUCAGAAUGGGAAGAAUUCAUGGCAACUUUUAAGAAAGAUUUACCGAGUACAUUUAGAAUCACUGGUACUAGAAGUCAAUCCAAAAGAUUAUUGGAGUUUACCAAGAAAAAUUACUUGGAAAAUAUAUCAGAAAUGAUCAUUGAUGAUGAGAAGGUUGAAGCCCCAAAGCCACUUGUGUUAGAUACUUGUGCAGCUCCWGGCUCCAAGACAAGUCAAAUCAUUGAAAUGCUGCAUGCUGAGGAAUGCAAUGGCAUACCAGAUGGUUUAGUCAUUGCUAAYGAGUUACAAAAUAAGAGAUGUUAUAUGCUGAUUCACCAAAGCAAAAGGUUACGCAGCCCUUCUUGUAUGGUUACCAAUCAUGAUGCUGCGACUUAUCCUACAYUUUAUGUUAARAAUGAUGAUGGCAAUAAAGUUCCUCUAAAAUUUGACAGAAUUCUCUGUGAUGUACCAUGCAGUGGUGAUGGUACAAUGAGAAAAAAUCAUUUAAUAUGGAAUAAAUGGACACCACAGACGGGACUUAGUUUGCAUAGGAUUCAAAUGAGAAUUCUUGCUAGAGCCGUUGAAAUGCUUGAGGUUGGUGGUCGUAUUGUUUAUUCUACAUGCUCCCUAAAUCCUGUAGAAAAUGAAGCUGUUAUCUGUCAGUUAUUGAAACACAGUGGUGAUAGCAUUGAGCUGGUUGCUGUUUCAAACRAAUUACCCAACUUGAAAAAAUCUCCAGGCCUGUCGACAUGGAAGUUGAUGAUGAAGAAUGGUGAAGAAGUCACUAGUUGUGAGCCUGGUUCAGAGGCUUUCAAGGGAUGCUUUAGACCAUCUCAUUUUCCUUUACCAGAAGACCAGCUUAAAGACAUGAAUAUUAAUCGAUGUAUAAGAGUUUAUCCUCACCAACAAGACACGGGAGGGUUCUUUAUUGCUGUUCUUGUGAAGAAGAAGUGUGCUCCAUGGGAGAACGAGAAGAGGUUUAAUGAUAAUCCAAGAUGGCUGCCUUGGCAGACUGAAGCUGAUGGACAACCACCUAAAGCUAAAGAUGAUGGUGAAGGAGAAUCAGCAGAAGCAGAAGAUAUGGAAGAUACUGUGUCAGAAGAAGCUUUGGACACUUCACAAGAUGAGACAUCGACAUCCAAAGAUGAGAAGUCCAAAGAURAGAAGUCCAAAGAUGAUGAACAAGGUGAAGAUGUAACUCAAGGAAAGAGAGAUUUAGAUGACAAUGACAACAAGGAGGCUGAUGACAAAUCAAAAAUGAAACCACCCAAGAAGAARCCAAAGAUGGAUCAAGGAUUCAAAGAGGACCCUUUUGUGUUGCUUCCUGRYGCUGACCCUGUAUGGCUGGCAAUUAAAGAUUUUUAUGGAAUAGAUUCAUCAUUUCCAUCAGAUCAGCUWCUUGUCCGUACAAUAAGUGGCAAGAAACGAAGCAUCUAUGUUGUUUCAAAACCUGUCAARCAGGUUUUGGAAUGUGUUGACGAUCAUAUAAAGAUUAUCAACUGUGGAGUCAAGGUAUUUGGACGMUGUGAUUCUAGUGAAGAAGGGUGUGAAUUUAGGAUCAUGCAAGAGGGAAUUGACAGUAUAUAUCCUUAUGUGACAAAAAGGAAAGUUCAAAUCACGCAAGAUGAUGUGUACAUAUUUCUUGAGCACGACAAACCCUUUACAAACAAAUUCUCCCAGACGACAAGAGAUCAAUUAAAGGACAUUCCUGGACUAGGUUGUGUGUUGUUUGUUUAUGAUCCAAAAGGACCAUACAGUUCCCAAACAGAUACAAUAGACUGUGCUUUACACUUUUGUGGCUGGAAAGCCAAGACUUCUAUACGUAUUCUAACAAGCAAGAUGGAUAAAACACACUAUAUGGUUCUAUGUGGAAUACCUCCUGGUGAUAAAGUAAAAAAUCCAUCAAAGGAUUACUCCGAUGAGAAAACACAAGAGAAUGAAGCUAAUAAUGAACCACAGGAAAGCGACAACAUACAAAUUUUACUAGACAAAAGUAAUGAACCAGUUGACGACAUUGGCUUUAUUUAAUGAAGUGUAGUAAACUCUUUCUGAUGUAUUAUGAAUGCAAAAUAUUUCAAAUUUUGUUUUGUUUAUUAAAGUAACAGCUAUAGCUCUCACCCCAUUCCCUCUCUGCUCCAAAGAGGGACUUGUCCUCGAGCUGGAAAAGUAAACACUGGACUUAUUCAGUUCAAUAGUGGGCUUGCAAAUUUUGUCUCAGUAGUCAAACACAAAGGAAUCAAGACAAGAUGCCAUGCAUAAAUCCCUUGCAUGUGUGGCACCUUGUCUUGAUUCUUUUGUGUCUGACUACCGAGGCAAAAUUUGCAAAUCUGCUAGUCAACUACCAGUAAAUUGUCAUAAUAGAAAAAAAAGCUAGGUAUGUGUCAAAAACAGUUUAUUGUUAUUGCAGACAUUACAAGAAAACCAUAAAUUACAAUAUAAAAAUGAAAUGCUAUACAUUGUACAUGUAAGUGAACAUGAAAGUUGCAAAUGAAAAA